AUGGCUUGUGUAUUCCCCAGCACUCGCAUUAAUCCGCAAGAAACAGGGCAGCGCUCUGGAGAGCCAUCAACUGAGAGACAACAGUAUCACGCGACACUGAAACCUAGGCUGGUGCCAUUAGUUGUAGCGUCUGUAGAAGUGUCUAGGUCACCACCACAAGACUGCCAUUCCUCCUACUGUGAUCCUCAGUCUUCUCCUCUAAACACCGACGGUCAGCCUCAGCUACACGUUUUUCGUAACAUUAUUGCAAAGACACUUGACGUUGGCAUGUCCGGUACAAUGAAAUCCCGAGUGCGGGCCGUGAGCUCGGAUAACACCAAGCCAACCAUCGUGGUGAACCUGCCGGGCGUCCGCUUAGCUGUCCUGACAAGCGCCUAUGAUUCAUUGCUACAUCUGGACGUUACUCUCAGCUCGGCCGCGUCGGUGUUGCUCGCUACUUAUAUCGUUUGUGUGCUAGCAUGGAGCGCCCUCUCGUUUGUUCUUGCGCUGCUUGCAAAGACGGCAGUGUUUGUACUCAUCACCUUUUACACGUUCACGGGACUUGCCAUAUUUUCUAUGAAUGCAAUGGGGAUGUCUAGUAAUGCAAUCUCAUAUCAUCACAUUCCAGGGCUAGCAAAGAAUCGUUUCGUUGUCACUCCGACGCUUCCCCUGCUUUCCGUGAACAGCGUCAUCAGCUCAUUCAAGUCGUCUACCCAUGCCAGCAAGAACAAGACCGAUGAUGCCAGUGCUUCCAAGAGAAAGAAGCUCCAGGCUCCGGGUCAACGCCGCGUGCUGGCACACUUGAACAAGAAUCGUAUUCUGGUCAAUGUCGUGCCGAGCGAUAUGCGUCGCCGCGUGGAUAUAAAUCUGGGUAACGCGAACAUCCGUGUUGGCAAGGCGUUUGUUCAGACGGUGCCUGGCAAGCGCAAGCCACGCGACAUUUACGUCGUUCGUGUAGACUGCGGUGCUCAAUCAAGUACGCAGGAAAAGCACAUGAAUCCCGUGAUCAUGUGGGACAUUACUGCUUCAUUUGACGAAUUUAAGCAACUCGAACGUGACUUGAGUAAGGAGGUCAAGGCCAAGAAGAAGCUGUGUGGAGUUAAAGUGCCUCACUUGUCAAGCGGUGCGGUGCUUUUCGUGCAGCCUGAGCUUACAAACCACGUACUGAACGCCCGUCGAGCGCGUCUACAGACGUUCAUUGAUAGUGUACGCUCUGACCCAGUGCUUUCCACUAUGGGUUGUUUGCGCAAAUUCUGCCAAGCCUAUUAA